CCCCUCCCCCCGUCUCUCUCUCUCUCUCUCUAUCUAUAUAUAUAUAUAUAUAUAUAUAUAUAUAUAUAUAAGUCACUGUGUCUGGACCUAGAUACGUGUGGCGUGUGUCUCUUCGGGAACGAUAGCUCGGGUGCCGAUGGUGAAGGACGAGUGGAUAAGGGCUGCGAUGACGGAUGACAGAGUGGUCGUGGAGCUGCUGGUGCGGCUGAAGCAAGAAGCGGCGCAGGUGAAACCUCAGGCGGUGAUUCCACUUAGGUGGGGGUUACGACUUCCGAGGUCCAAACCAGCUACAGCUGCAUCCAUGCGAUAUGAGGUGGUUUGUAGGAGGAAAGAAGGAGAUUCUUCUGCUAGAUGUAGUCCAACCACGCCGCUUUCAUGGAGCGGUGGUGGCGGCGCUUCCCCCUCAGCCACCGCUGACGGCUUCGAAGAGACUAGUCCUCAUGUCAUCUGUUCUACUCCUGGCGCUAGAUCCAAGGUUUUUUUCUCGGUUACUGCUACUGGUGAAACAGCUAGCACCACCACCAAGAAGUCGAGAAGAAAGAAGACGUUUGCUGAACUUAAAGAAGAGGAGAGUGUUCUGUUGAAAGAAAGGAUGCAUCUCAAAAAGGAAUUAGCAACCAUAAAUGCCACAUUUAAGGAACAGAUAGAAAGAAAUGAGAAUUUAAAGCGAUUGAAGAUUGAUUUGAGUUUGCAAUUUGCAAAGACCUCAAGUUCACUCUCUGAUUUACUGGACAAAGCAAUUUGCAACCAGCCCUGUAAGAGAGAACCCUCUUCUCCCAACCACAUUAGUUCAAUGUCGAAUAUGCAUGCUCAAGAUGAUGACAACACUGAGUCGGAUUCUUGUGAAAGACAAGAGACAGUUUCAAACCAUGAUAGAUCCUUCUUGUUACCUGAUUUAAAUAUGAUGCCAUCUGAGGAUCCUCACUCUGAAACUCUUCCUGUACUGAGAUGACAAAAAUGUGUAAGCAGUCCUCCGCACCUACUGAGGAUGUGAAAUAUCAGAUCAGCGAUGUGGUAGUUACUUUGUGCUUGGACAAGGAGCUAUUUGCUGUAUGCACAUUCAAGAUUGGCAUCCCAGAACAGCAAACUUGGUCAAAGCCUCAGAAGUGAUAGCUUGGCCUUGAUCUAUAAACAGUUUGCCCAAGCCAAAAGAUGUUAAAUCAGUCACGAAGAAGCUUUUAAGGAUAUUGUGGAGACCAUGGCUAGUCGUAGAUGUAGAGAUAUUCUUGAUUUCUUGGAGACGUCUACAUUCCUCUGGAAUUUUAUGGGGGUAAACCCUUAUUGGUUCUAUUUUGGAAUUAUGUAGAAAUAAUUUUUCAUUUUCUUUUCUUGUGUAGGUGAAUGGCUGCUGGACUCCAUUGUUAAAUGGCUUUUUGCUACUAAUUUUACAAUUUUGUUUUAGGUUCUA